AUGUCGAGAUCUGGUGAAUUACAUUUAAAGGAUCAUUUACUGACACCACCAUUAUAUCAUGAAGCAAUUAGUUCUCAACAACAGAUUCCGAAUCAAUAUCUCAUGUUGUCCAAUACUCAUACGAUAGUGCGUUCUCCUGCACAUGAAAAUCAUGAAGAAAUUCCAUCCCAAAGACAUCGUUAUCAAGCCGUGAUUUUGACAGCAAUCAUUGUCGGUGGAAUCAUUCUUUUGGCUAUUAUAGCCUCUUUCACAUAUAUCUUUGUAAAACGUAAUCCAGUCACUCCUCCAGCACCAAUGACAACAACAACGAAAAGACCAAUUUGUUUGAAUGGUGAUGGACUUUUAGUUCGAGAAGAUGGAUCUCGAGUGAAAAUACGUGAUGUGAAAAUAGGUGAUAAGAUUCUUGUGGCUCAUCAAAAGAAUGAGAAAGAAAUCGAAUUCCGUCCAAGUCCAAUCAUUGCAAUGGAUAUAUUUCAGAAAUGUAAGAAUAAUUCUUUUGUGAAUUAUCUUCAGAUGGAAUUCGAAUCGAACGUUGAUAUUCAAUCAUUACGUCUCACUCCAAAGCAUUCCUUACUUGUCCGAAAGGCAGAUCAAUCGCAAGGAAAGUAUCUCUUUGCAGACCAAGCUAAAAUUGGCGAUUAUUUAUAUUUGAUGAAAAACAGUUCUCAUCCAGUUGUUGAAAUGGUCACAAAUGCCAUUAUUAAGCUUUUCGAUGAUUAUUCGUUCCGUAGAAUGGGACAUCAAUAUGAAUGUCCAUUUUGUCGGGAUUUUUCGAUAAAUGUACUGAAAAUGUUAUUUGUUCAUAUGGAAAAAUUNGAUGUGAAAAUAGGUGAUAAGAUUCUUGUGGGUCAUCAAAACAAUGAGAAAGAAAUCAAAAUCCGUCCAAGUCUAGUCAUUGCAAUGGAUAUAUUUCAGAAAUAUAAGAACAAUUCUUUUGUGAAUUAUCUUCAGAUGGAAUUCGAAUCGAACGUUGGUAUUCAAUCAUUACGUCUCACUCCAAAGCAUUCCGUACUUGUCCGAAAGGCAGAUCAAUCGCAAGGAAAGUGUCUCUUUGCAGACAAAGCUAAAAUUGGCGAUUAUUUAUAUUUGAUGAAAAACAGUUCUCAUCCAGUUGUUGAAGUAAAAAUCCUUCGGAUAAUUGAUAUUCAACUUCAUAAACACUCUUUACAUGUCCGAGACAACAUCACUAUGGUCACAAAUGCCAUUCUUAAGAUUUUAGAUGGUUAUUCGUUCCGUAGAAUUGACAUGGUUCAACAACGUCGCGAUGCUUUAAAUGUUUUAGAUGAAGCUAUCAUGAAUAUCCCUGAUGAAGCCGAUGGUGAACUUCCUGAUCAUUUCGUCUUAUCAUCUUCAUCUGUAGAGAGCAAAAUCUCAUCUAAUGUUCAUUACACCAAUAUGUCUCAGAAAGAAGAAGAAAACAAGGAUAUUUUGUUCAAAUCAUCAAUCGACAAAUUAUACUUGGACUUCCAACAAGGUAGAAUUUCAUCUGAUCAAUUUGCCGAUGCAGUUAAACAACUCCAGAUUGAUUUGUUAAAAUAG